AUGGCAGAAGCGAGGAACUUCUUAAGCACCCAAGAGCUUGGGACGAGAGAACCAAGUCUGUGGUACGGCGCUCUCAGCACCCCAUUAGCCUUUCCAAAAGGCUCGUCGAGAACAUCGAUUAUGAACCUCGUCCACCCUAGAUCAACAUCAGAGCCCCCAUCAGAUUCCUCCUCAUCUGGCUCAAUAGCGAUAUCUUACGACCCCGGUGCCGCAUGGAUGUGGGCAGUAUCAGAGAAGGAACUUCCGCGAAUGAUCUUUUACAACGACAUUUGA